ACACCUGUCGUUCUCGGCUUCUGCCGCUCUCCCCUUUUAUUCUCCUUUUAUUCCUUUUCUUUGCUUCGCCCGAGUCGCUUCACUCAAAGAACUUACCCUCAUCCUUCCCCUUGGAACGCAGGUAACCCAAAGAACAAAUCACCGAAUAAUUUCUUUAUCUCAAGCUUCGAGGUCUCAGGCCGCCAUGGAAGAGGCCGCGGACCUCGAAGGCUGGGAAUUGCUGAGUCCCCACUCCGCCGACGAGCCCAAGGCCUUCGAGGGCCUCGAUGGCGAGAGCGACUCCUAUGGCGGUGCUAUCAAGUCGGAUUACUUCGCCCUUGACUCCGAUAAGCGCCGUACCGAGAGGGCGUCCUCGGAGGAAGAGAGCGAAGAGGGCGGCGUCGAUUCCGAUAACCCUAGCUGGGUCGAUCCCGAUUCGGAUCCCAGGGAUCUGGAGCGGUCGAGGGUGAGGGUCGAAUUUAGUGGAAGUGGGUUCCCGAUCAAGAAUUCCGGUGGUUUUUGGUCUGAUGGGUCGUCGGAUUGCCGGAGUUCGCCGGCUGAUAGCGAAAGGGGGGAGUUUGGUAACAGAGGGGAUUCGGUUAUGGAAGUCGGUGUGGAAGGAAUCAAGACCGGGUGUCUGGACUCAAGUGAUGAUGACAGCGAAAAAACUUUGGAUUUUGGAAGGAGCUGGGAGAGUGAGGAAAUUGAUACCGGGUUGGAGGAGCAUGGGGUGGAAGAAUCUGGUGAACUGGUGAAGAUGGGAGAUGGCUCUGGUUCGUCGGGGAGUGUAUCAAGUAGUGAAGGAGAGAAGAGGGGGGUAGGUUGGUGGAAGAUGCCGCUGGAGUUCAUUAAAUUUUACGUUUUUAAGAUGAGGCCGGUUUGGUCGAUCUCCAUAGCUGCCGCAAUUAUGGGGCUUGUUAUGCUGGGGAGGAAAUUGUACAAGAUGAAGCACAAGAGCCAGAGAAUUAAGCUUAAGAUCGCCUUUGAUGACAAGAAGGCAUCCCAGUUAAAGGUCCAUGCUGCGCGUCCCAAUGAAGCAUUCUCGGUGGGGAGACGUGUGCCUGUCAUCAGAACAUUCCCGGCAGGUGGUGUGAGUGCGUGGUCUAUGGUGCCUUUGAGAUGAGCUCCUCUGCUGACACCAUCCUGGUGGAAUUUAAAGGUGGCUGAUGAACAGUGCUUCUCUUCCUCCUUCCCUCUAGAUAUGCUUCAUCUCCAUGACAGGAAUCUGGACAACCAUCCUUCAUAUAUAGAAUAUAAAAGCGACAUGCAAAAACUUCGUUGAGAACUUUUUAUGUUUUGUAGAUAUCCUGGUUACCCAUCGAAAUUACUUCCUAUGCCGGUUCUUGGCCCCCUCCUGUUGAACCUAUGAAUGUGUUGUUUUAAGCACAAUGAUUGAUGCUUGAUGGGUGUAUCAAAGUUCUCUGGCCAGUUUGAUAUUAACUGUAAGCGUGGUGUCUUUGAUUCAGAAAUUUACUAAGAAGUUUGUUGCCAAUUUUUAAAAGGCUACAGUGAAGAGCGAACACGGUGAGCAGUAUGAUGUAUUAAUUGGGUGAAUAUUUGGGUUGGAGCCAAUGCUGCGGAUGAGAAGAUGGGGAAUUCUUCCCCAUAAUGUUAUGGAUUCUUAUUGAUAGGAGAAGCAAUUGCACCGGAGAAACAUGUAACUUUUUUUUUUGUUUUUUGGUUCUAGUUAUUUGGUCUCAGGCAUGGCAUGAGUUUAAAUUUGGCAGGUGUCCUCUCCGUGCCUGGAUGGAAGACGAGGAAAUGCAGCAUUGGAAUUUAAAGUGCCUUUGGACAAGAAGCAGAAGGGUUCUACGCAUCUGUUACAGAUAUUAUGAAAGGAUAUAUGGACGAGUGAAAUCAGAAGCUCCUCCAGGGAAGGGAGAACGGUCAAUAUUUUUUCUUUCCUUUUUAUUUUUAUAGCUUCCAAUUGGAAUAGCAUGUUAACAGAGAAAAGGUGAAUUUUCAAUGAUCAUUAUCCAUGAGGAUAUAACAUAAUCAUAAGAUUCGAUUAAAGAACAUAAUCUUUUAUCAGCAAAAAUUUGCAAUAAGAUUCU